AUGGAACACUUACAACAAUCACCACAAGACGCAAAAACUGAGCAGUCACGGCCUACCGUUGGCUAUACCACCUCUGAUUUUCCGGUUGAUGCUGUCAAACCCAGGACGAGGUUUAACCUAUCAGACAAGCGUCCUGUAGACUUUCCAAGAAAAAAGAAUGGGUCUCAGAGGCAACGAAAUGGUCUAAGGCUAGAAGAUGAAGCGAAGCUAGAGGGGGAACAGCCAUCAUCAUGGCUUUGCUUUGCCCCUGACAUGACGUCUAGUGGUGAGAGAACCGCCCCAGCAGCAGUAGCAUCACAACAACAAAAAGCUGCCGAGAGAUUUUCAAAACGUAAUGUUAGAAGAGGAAAAGAUUCUGCGUCAAUUCCCCAGUCUAAUUUGUUGUUCGAUGACAAUACUGCUGGUGAUGACUACAAUAUUUCUGAUGAUGAUGAUAUGUCAGGGAUUGUAUCUGCUCUUACUACCAAGACUCCUGUUGCCGGCAAUCGGGGCAAGAAGCUGGAUCUAUUCCAACCGAUCUAUGACCGAAUGGGGAUAUAUUCGAAAAAGGACAAGGAGGGGCUCCGGGAUGCCAUUGCUGAUCUUUUGUUCAUUGUGCGAUGA